GUUCUUCCUGGGACAGCCUGAAAGCAGGCAAAAUGGAUAAAACUAACCAGACAUUUUUGUUAGAAUUUCUGCUUCUGGGUCUUUCUGGGUACCCAAAGAUUGAGAUUGUUUACUUUGCUCUAAUUCUCGUUAUGUACCUGGUAAUUCUAAUUGGCAAUGGUGUUCUGAUCAUAGCAAGCAUCUUUGAUUUCCGUCUUCAUACCCCCAUGUACUUCUUCCUGGGAAACCUCUCUUUCCUGGAUAUCUGCUAUACAUCCUCCUCUGUUCCCUCGACUUUGGUGAGCUUAAUCUCAAAGAAAAGGAAUAUUUCAUUCUGUGGAUGUGCAGUGCAGAUGUUCCUUGGAUUUGCCAUGGGGUCAACAGAGUGUUUGCUUCUUGGUGUGAUGGCUUUUGACCGCUACGUGGCCAUCUGUAACCCUCUGAGAUACCCCAUCAUCAUGAGCAAGGUGGUGUAUGUACUGAUGGCUUCUGUGUCAUGGUUCUCUGGUGGAGUCAACUCAAUUGUGCAAACAGCUCUUGCCAUGCAAUUGCCUUUCUGUGAGAAUAAUAUCAUCAAUCACUUUACAUGUGAAAUAUUAGCUGUUCUCAAGUUAGCUUGUGCUGAUAUAUCCCUCAAUAUUAUCACCAUGGUGAUAUCAAAUAUAGCCUUUCUAGUUCUUCCACUUCUGGUCAUUUUUUUCUCCUACAUGUUUAUCCUCUAUACCAUCUUGAGAAUGAGCUCAGCCACCGGGAGACGCAAAGCUUUUUCUACCUGUUCAGCACAUCUGACUGUGGUGAUCAUAUUUUAUGGUACCAUCUUUUUUAUGUAUGCCAAACCCAAGUCCCAAGAACUGCCUGGAGAAAGCAAGUUGCAAACUAUUGACAAGCUCAUUUCUCUGUUUUACGGUGUAGUGACCCCAAUGCUAAAUCCUAUAAUCUAUAGCUUGAGAAAUAAGGAUGUAAAAGCUGCUGUAAAAUAUUUGUUAAACCGAAAACUUAUCCAAUAAGUA